AGCAGAUAUAAGUGCACUCAGUCUUUCAGCAACAAAGCAGGACACAAGCAACACACUGACCCGCUGUUGGACAACCUUCAUUUUGACCUACUUGUCCGAUACCAUGAUCUAUAUUUUCCUGCCAUGUUAACCUCAUAACAAUCCCAUGAUCAAGCUUUGAUUAACCUACUGAUUUAUAGAUAUGGGAAGACAAAGGACUUCGGGAUCUAAACUUCAUAAACACUGCGAGAGCUGCCACUACAGACGGUGUAAAGUUCCCAUAGAGAUCUCUGUGUCAUGCAUGAUCAUCAACUGCCGCUUGCUGUGUGGAGCGUCAUUUCACAUGUGCAAAGAGGACGAACACAUACUGCUGUGUCCUAAUGAGAAGGUUCCCUGCAUCAACGUGCAUUACGGUUGCCCUCUCACCAUGUGUCGCUCGAAGCUUGCCAAACACCUGGAAGUUUGUCCUGCUAGUGUGGUGGUCUGCUCCAUGGAGUGGAACCGCUGGCCCAUUGAAGAGGCAGAGCCUCCUGAGUUCUACAAAAAUAUCUUAAAGGAGAAGUACACCCAAGAGCCUCUGGACCUUUCCAUGGCACUGCGGGAUCAGAGGCAUCUGUUUCAGACCCUCAAAAUGAAAACUCUUUUUCCUGAACUUAUUGAAAAGAUUGAGGAGAAAUCUGUCAUUCAAGAACUUGAGGGAGCUGUUGGAGGGGUACCUAAAGAUGCACAAGAAGCCUUAACAUCUAUAAGUGAUCUCUUAGGCCUUGAACCUGAAGAGAGGGAGUUAACUCAGGAAGAGAGAGAGGCAAUAGCAAGGGACACUAAUAUAUCAGGCAUUGAAAGGUAUGACAUCUGGGAGAGGAUGUUCAGUAUGGAGAUGAGUGGUUGCAAGCAGACAGUUAAGUCAUUAGGCACUAACCCUGCUUCCAGUAGCAAAGAGUUGAAACCCCAAGCAAAUCCAAGCAAGUUGGACAUCCUUAAAGAGGAUAUGGAAACAGCAACAGGGAAUUCAGACACAUUUAUUUAUAUGCCUCGUUUCAAUCCAUAUGAAAUGGAUGAAGAUAAAUUUUUGAUAGCAGCAUCCUUGUAUGCGUGUGAUACACGUCCAAUAAAGACAUUUGUAUAUGAACAUUUGGAGCCCAUGAAGAUCAAAACUGUGAAAACGUUCAAAAUUCCCACCAGCUUCAAGGCAAGGCCAAGUUGUAUACGCAAUCCUUCUCAUUACAAGAAAGUUAGCAAAGCUGUGGACACAGCAGACCUGAGCAUUGAAAUGGAUGAAAUGCCAAAAUGGGAUGAGGUUCAAGCGACCCUUCUGUGCUCUCUGGAGAAGGAACUCAGAGGACACCUCAUUGCAGAGUCCAGCGCUGCAGAUGCGCUGCUUAAGGAUGAAGGAACUCAGACUUAUGACUUUUACUCUGCUCCUUUCAAAGCAGAUGCAUCUCUGGCAGAUCUCACAGCCAAGAGGGCUCUGCAGCUUCAUGUACAGAUACAAACUGAGAGUGUCACCAAUAGACAUAACAAAUGUAGCUCUGCAUUCACAUACCUUUGCAGCCAUUCAUACAGACGAGAUGAGUUUUCUUCUCACUAUAAGAACGUUCAUUCAGAUAUCCAGUUCUCUUUAAAUGGCUGGUUUGAACAAAGGUGUCCUCUGGCUUAUUUGGGUUGCACCUUCAACCAGAGGCAACUCCGGCCUUCUACGCACAAAGCCAUGGUCUCCUAUGACAAAGACCUCAGCACAUUCACCCUCAAACCUGAGGUGCCAUCCAUUCUCUAUGAAGGUGUGGCAAAGGUGACUACAGAGAGGAAGCGUGCACGGAACCAGGAUGCUCUGAGCAAGUUGCCUUUUGAGGUUCUCAUCCACAUUGCUGGGUUUCUGGACAGCUUUACACUGUCUCAGCUGGCUCUUGUAUCCCAGUUAAUGAGAGAGGUGUGCGGGGUUUUGCUGCAAGAGAGAGGCAUGGUCUCGCUCAAGUGGGAAAAGAAAAUCUACUCACAUGGUAGAUGGUGCUGGAGAACUAGACAUAAGGUCUGGGAAUUCAGCAAUUUGUUUUACCCUGUGGAUAACUGGUGCUUGGACAAUUUCCCUUCAAUGUCUGAGCACCUAAAGGUCUGCCCCUAUUAUGAGAAGGAGAACAGAACAGAACCAGUACCCUUAACUGGUGUCUUCGAUUGUGAAGAACAAGAGAAAACACGGAGUCUUGUGUCUAUGUUUAGGAGGAAUAAAUGACAUUUGUUGAGAAAAAGUGGGGAAAAUAAUCAACAACAGGGUGGUUGUGAUGCAGCCUCAUGUUAGUUAGUGUUAUCACUCUAUAUUAGGCUGAUUAUUUUCCAAUAGUGGCAAUAGUUUAUCCCUUGAAAACCACAGCAAAAGACUCCUUCCAUUAAUGUAUAACAAGCACUUUUUAAAAUCUGUAAAUUAUUAUUAGACUAGAAAGCCAUUACCUAAGAAAAUUAAGAAUAAGUGCAUUAAUGUAAACCUCUGAUUUGCAGCUGGCAUUACAGUAUUAAGUAUUUCUAAACCCAUGCAAUGACAUGUCCAUUAUCGUGAUCUCUGGUCCUGAUUAAAGGCUAAACUCUAAUGAACCAUGAAUUAUGUCACAAUUCCACCACUCACUAUUAUAAAGCAAUAUUAGAUUAAUCAUUUUACAUUGUCUUCCUUGUAUUAACAUUUGUAUUAACAUAUACUGAAAAAUAAUAAAUUAUUUUUAAUUACUUGGGUUAUAAUGAUGUUUAUAAUGCAGUUGUCUAGAUAAAAGCUCUUUUUUUGGUGUUUUUAUAAUUAUUAUAGAUUAUAGAAGAAUUCAAUUCACAACAUUUUUGACCUUUGUCAUGAGGACAAGUACAAUUUGCUUACUUUGUGAAACAGGAAUGAA